AUGUCCGCGUCCGCAGGCGCAAGCAUGGAUCUCGAUGCGCCUGCCCGUGGCUCGGACGACCCUGCGACCCCGGAAACAAUCGAACAGCGAACGCCCUCACCGUCGCGCGACAGCCUAGCCGACCCGUACACCACGCAACUGCGCCUCCUCCUCCAGCCAUGGAUCGUCCACUUCAAAUCGCCCGGCUACAUCAAGCAUGACAUGAUGGCGAUGCUACAAGAUAUUUGCAAGAAGACUUUGCGCCGCACCGUCAGAGAACCCGAGGUGCGGCGCGCAAUUGGCUCCAACGCAAACUUCUGGCGUGACGUCUGCGAGCUGCUCGAGAAUGCAGUGCCAUCGCUCGAGCAUCGCUCGUUUGCGCCCGCUGACCCGCAAGCGCCCGAGUUCGAGGGCGCUUCUGGCACCUUGAUCGCAGCCAAUUAUUCGAACCUCAUGAGAGACCUCGAGCGUCUCAACGACCUCGUCUCGAUCGCGCGCAACGUUCUCACGACCGGGGAGAUCGCUCAGGACCUGGCGGCCGCCAAAGCGCAGUUCGACCAGGAAAUAUUCAAGCUCAUCAGCGUCUGUGUAAAGGUGACCGCGCGUGGGUUUGACGGAGAUGCCGGCACAGCAGACGAGCAAAAGUGGCAAGAGGUUGUCAACAUGUACAAAAAGCUCCUCAUCACUUGUCUCCAGUUCCUCAACAACCUCGUCGCUCGAAACGAACGUCGGAAGCUCAUGCUUUGGGUCGAACUGUUCGACAGCUCCCGCGACGCCACCCUGCCACCGACCGAGGAGCUUGCGUCUCUCUCACUCGCUACCACACCGAAGUCUGCGGGUGCCUUUGGCGAAGAAGUCGCAUCGUUCGGCUCCGGAACCCACCAGCCCGCAUCGUCGCCAUUUCUACUAUAUAUUGGGAAGGUUGGCAUGGAGGUCAAACGGGAGCUGGUGGCCCGAGGAGAGAAGUCCGGCGCGACGGAAAUUGCGGCCGAGUGCAAGAAACGAUGGCAAGAGAUGCCGCAGGAAGCCCGUGAUGAAUGGCAUACUCUGUACAGUGAUCUGAUUGCAAAGUACCGCCACGACGUUAACUUGCUUAGGUCGGUGAAGCUUCCGCCCGAACCCAAGGCCAUCGAUCCCAAUGCGACCCAGGAGGAGAACGUUGCUGCUCUUGCCGCCAGCAUAAACCAGCUGCAAAUGGAAGUGGAGCGCAUGAAGAAAGCCAUGCUCACCCCGUCCUCAAAGACCCCUACUGCUCCCUCGGUCCAGCCUCAGGUGUCUGCAAGCGACCUCCUGAAGAACUACCCCAACACGCCGUCGCGGGCCGAUUUGCAGGACCUCAAGAUGCCCCUCGGCGCUGAGCCUCAAGAUCCCCCGCCUGCCACUGAAGCCGAUUUCCGUAUGACUUACAACGCUGCUUAUGGCGCCGACAUCCUGCAGAACGGCAAGGACGAUCUCAUGAAACGCCUCGAGACAUUUCCUGAACGGGUACCACCUCAGAAUACUUCCGAGGUCUCUCCAUCUUCUCCGGUCAUGUCACCCGCGUCUCCGAACGCCACCGAACCUGCCGAGGACAUUGGGGACGAGGUCAGCGAAGAGGAAGACAGCGAAGACGAAGACUACGUGGUACCUGGCGAUGAUGGACGAGGCUUGCUGACUGAUGUGCCGCUAAUUCUGGGCCCCUCAGAAAUCGAGGUGCUGCCCAUGAUCAUCAUGUCCGGUAUCGUGCCGCCAGCUGAAGGGGCUCCCGGCUACGGAACAGCAGCGGCGGAGGUCGCAGCUAUCAAGAACAUGCAUACAGUACGCUGCCAUCUCCUGCUUGCUCAAGACAAUGGCAGAAACUUAUUGCGCGAGCUCCUCAUAUUCGUGGCCGCAUGGGAUUUGCGUGAGGAAGAGCUGUAUUUCAAGUUUAUGGUCAAGAUCAUGGAGGCAAUCCUGACCAACGGGCUGAUGCCCUUCUCCUACCAUGCCUUCAGAGAAUCCAAGGACAUCAUCUCUCCCGCCCAAGCAGUAAUCAUGAAGCUGCUCACAAACAUCUUCAAAGCUCGUCAGACUCAAGCUCAAAGUGCCGUCGCGAAAGAGGAUGCAACUACCUAUCCUCUGCGUGUCGACGUGCAUAUGGUCAACUUUUUGUUCACCGAGUUUCGGCGCCACAUCAUUCCUCAAACGUGCGCGCUCAUCUUCCUGCAGGGAAAGAUCAGAGCGGGACAUGCGCAUCCCGAGGACUUUCCACUCAACUUGUGGGACAUGGAACGGAUGUACGAGGGCGUCUACCAGUAUCUGGAGUUCUUUGCCAUUCUCACCGAACACGAUGUGUGGAAGAAGAUGAUGGCCGACUGGGAAAUCACCAGCGAACUUGUCACUCUCCUCAAGGAACUCGACGCCGCCAUACCCAAGGGUACGCUCUUGGCACGGAAGCCUCCGGCGAUCCCGGAUCUUCGCACAUCACCAAACCAGCAGGUUCCGCCGCCAGAGCCCGCAAGCACAGCCCCUGCGCCAGUCGCAGUUGAGCGUCCUUACGACGUCAACGCUCCUUCGAUCAGUUCGACCGCAGCAGCCAUACCAUCAGAACCCUAUGCGCCAGCAUCCAACAGCCAGUACGUGGAUGAGCCAGGCGAGGAACCAUCUGAUUUUGAAUGGCGCAAUCUCAAGAAGCUUACCGUUUUGGUGCUUACGUCGCUUGUAUGGAAAUCACGGAAAGUGCAGGACCAAGUCCGGACCCACAAGGGGAUUGAGGCCAUCCUCUCCUGCUGCCAGUAUGACGAGCACAACCCUUACAUCAAGGAGCACGCCAUCAUGUGCCUGAGGUUCCUUCUGGAGGGCAACAAGGAAAACCAAGACCUGAUUCGCGAGCUCGAGCCCAAGGGAGCGGUGCCCAAUGAAGUCCUCGACCAGCACGGAUAUGAGACAUUCUGGGACCAGAGAGGCCAGGUGGGCCUACGACGCAAGGACGGAGGAGCGGCUGCGAGCGCAAAGGCCGCGGCGGCGGCUGUGCAGGCGGCCGCUGAUGCCGCAGGGAUUGGGAGCAGCGGCAACCAGGACGGAGAGAAGAGGAAGCCGCCACAGAUCGGGUCGGGCCGCCUCGGUGAGCCGCCGAAUCUGGACCUCCUGAUGCAGCAGGUGAUGCGUGAUCUCCCGGCGCAGGUGACGGGAGCGCGCCAGGAUGCGGAGAAGGCUGCGGCGCUGGCGAAGCUUGACAAGACGCUCAAGGAUGGAAAGUGA